UGCUCCCUCAUCACCAUGUCAGUCAUCCUCCUCACACCAGCUGACAACCAAGCUGGAAGUGACACCAAACUAGCUGUUGAGGACCUCUUUAAACCUGACUUCAAGGUCCAUGACCCGGAGGCUAAUUGGAUCAAUGACUCUGAAGUUAUCUACAGAAACACUGAUGGCCACGUCAUCAAGUUCAAUAUCCUCACAAACGAAACAGAGAUUGUCUUGAAAAACACAACAUUUGUAAAUUUCAAUGUGGCCAAGUAUUCUGUCUCUCCUGACCUGAAAUACGUGCUCUUCGCCUACGAUGUGAAACAGGUUUACCGCCACUCCUACAUGGCUUCCUACAGUAUCUACAAUAUUCACACACGGGAGGUUUGGGAGCUGGACCCUCCCGAGGUGGCGAACUCUGUCCUGCAGUAUGCUGCCUGGGGAGUGCAAGGCCAACAACUGAUCUACAUAUUUGAAAAUAACAUCUACUACCAGUCAGAUGUCAAGAGCAACUCCCUCAGGCUGACGUCCUCGGGGAAGGAAGGGGUCAUCUUCAAUGGGAUUGCUGACUGGCUCUAUGAAGAGGAGAUCCUUCAGGCCCAUGUGGCUCACUGGUGGUCACCUGACGGAGAGAGGUUGGCCUUCCUGGUCCUUAAUGACAGUCUGGUGCCCAACAUGGCUUUACCUCGCUUCACUGGCAUGACAUACCCCAAAGGAAAGCAGUACCCAUACCCCAAGGCUGGCCAACCCAACCCAAUGGUGAAGCUCUAUGUAGUCAAUCUUUACGGGCCGACGCACACGCUAGAGCUCAUGCCUCCAGAGACCCUCAAACUACGGGAACAUUAUGUGACGAUGGUGAAGUGGAUCAGCAAGACAAAGACAUGUGUCAGGUGGUUGAACCGGGCCCAAAAUAUCUCCAUCCUGACUGUGUGUGACACCACCACUGGAGCCUGCGUCACGAGACUUGAAGAAAGCUCCGAGCUCUGGCUUUCCAAGCAGAACCAAGAACCUGUGUUCUCCAAAGACAGCAGCAGAUUCUUCCUGACUGUCCCGGUCAAACAAGGAGGACGUGGAGAGUUUCAUCACAUCGCUAUGUUCACCACACAGUUCAGAGCAGAUCAAAACGAAGUCCGACAUCUAACAUCGGGGAACUGGGAAGUGACGAAGAUCAUUGCCUACGAUGAAAACACCGACAACCUAUAUUUUCUCAGCACAGAAGGUUCAUCACGAAGGCGGCAACUUUUCAGUGUCAAAACUGUGGGUCUGUUCCCACGACGGUGUUUAACUUGUGAGCUAAACAAGGCUCACUGUCUGUACUUCGAUGCUGCCAUCAGCCCCACAAACCAGCACAUUAUUCUCCACUGUAAAGGUCCUGGAGCACCCACUGUGAUCCUACACAGCCUGAAUAAUUCAAAUUACUACAUCCUUGAGAACAACUCUUUGCUGAAGGCAGCUUUGAAGUACAAAAGGAUCCAGAUGACUGACUUCAGAACUGUUGCGAUGGAACAUUUUGAUUUACCUUUGAAGAUCUCCUACCCACCAGACUUCUCUGAGUCACGUCACUAUGGACUACUGAUGGUGGUUGACGGUUUCCCUGGUGAUCAGGCUGUGAGUGACCGCUACGCUGUCAGCUGGGACUCUGUGCUGGUCAGCUCUGAUAACAUCAUUGUGGCUCGUCUGGACGGCCGUGGCAGCGGCUUCCUGGGCCAGAGGAUCCUGCAUGAGGUCCAUCAGAGACUGGGGACUGUGGACGUUCAGGACCAGAUCGCAGCAGUAGAAUACAUGAUGAAAUUACCAUAUAUUGAUCAGACACGGAUAGCAGUGUUUGGAAAGGGUUACGGAGCUUACCUAACAUUAAUGAUGCUCAAAUCUACAGACAGUCUGUUCAAAUGUGCAUGUGCGAUGUCACCAGUUACAGACUGGAAACUUUAUGCAUCAGCAUUCUCUGAGAGAUACCUUGGCAUGCCAUUACGGGAUGACAGCAGAUAUCAGUUUUCCAGUGUGCUGCAGAAUGUUCACGCACUUAGGGAGCAGACACUGAUGCUGGUGCACGGCACAGCAGAUGCCAACAUCCACUUUCAGCAUACUGCUGAGCUCGUCAAGAACCUUGUGAAAGUUGGAGCAAACUAUUCAAUGCAGAUCUACCCAGAUGAGGGCCAUUUCCUGUCUCAGCAGAGCCGCCAGCAUCUCUACGCCACACUGACCAGCUUCUACAGAGAGUGUCUGAAGGAGGAGUUACUACCGCUGCCUGACGAUGAGGAGGAAGAGGAGGAGUAG